AUGGCAACCAUUUCAGUUUACUUGAAAGCUGGAAGACUCAGUCUAUUAUUGUUUCCUUUAUAUUCGGAUUCUCUUUUCGCAAUUGCCUUUGUUCAGACAAUUUCCUACGGUUCAGGCAUUAUGAAAUAUUCUCUGACAUUCCUAGUUUUAUUUUUACUACAAAAUGUUUACUCUGCAAACUCGCAAUCAUAUAUUGGAGUGAAUUAUGGGGACCAGGCCCUCAACAUUCCUCAGCCAGGGGAUAUAGUGAACCUUUUGAAGACUACGACCAUCGCAAAGGUCAGAUUGUUAGGUUCUUCUGAUGAGUCGACGAAGGCUACGAUUAAAGCAUUUGCGAACACCAACAUCGGACUCGUGAUAGGACUCGACAAUUCGGAAAUUCGUUGGGCUGCAACCGGCCCUGAUGCCGCGAGUCAAUGGGUCAACUCCAACGUGAUGCCGUAUUACCCAGCUAGUAAGAUCAUAAUCGUCACAGUUGGUAACGAGGUCUUGACAUCGGCGGGAGAUGAAGACGCAAUUUCCUCGAUCUUGCCAGCCAUGAAAAAUAUCCAGAAUGCCCUUAAUACUGCUUCACUGGGUGAGAAAAUUAAGGUCACAACGGUACAUUCAAUGGAUUUGUUAACAGAAUUUUCGCCACCCUCGUCGGGGGCUUUCAACGAUAGUUUUGGCGACACGAUGAAAGCGUUGCUUCAGUUCCAGAGCGAACAUGGUUCACCUUUUAUGAUCAAUGCAUCUCCUUUCUAUGCAUACAAGAGAGAUCCAAAGCCUGAAACAUUGGCAUUCUGCCUUUUCCAAUCGAAUUCAGGGCAAGUUGACUUGAGAAAUAAUAUCGAGUACAUGAAUAUGUUCGACGUACAGGUUGACGCUGUACGUUCUGCCUUAAAUGCGAUGGGAUAUAAAAACAUGGAGAUCGUCGUUGCUCAGACGGGGUGGCCUUACCAAAACGGCCCGAACGAAGUUGGCCCCAGCUUGGACAAUGCAAAAGCUUAUGUUGGAAACUUGAUAAACCACCUGAGAUCAAAUCUUGGCACCCCACUUAUGCCAGGAAAAAAUGUUGACACCUAUAUCUAUGAACUCUAUGAUGAGGAUCUAAAAUUAGGGCCGAAGUCGGAGCAAUCAUUCGGGCUUUUUGGAGCUGAUGGUUCCCCACAUUAUGAUACUGGUCUCUUUAAGAGCUCACAAAAUUCAAUGACGCCAACAUCUCCUGCAAGUCCCAAACCAGCACCAGCAUCAACAGGGACACCACCACCAAAACUCGGGGGAAUUUGGUGUGUGCCGAGGCCAGCUGGGGUCUCUGAUGCUCAAUUGGAGGAAAAUAUUAAGUUAGGUUGUAGCAAAGGGAUUGAUUGUAGUCCAAUUCAGCAAGGGGGUGCUUGUUUUGAACCGAAUAAUAUAGAAUCGCAUGCCACUUAUGUGAUGAAUCUUUAUUAUCAAUCUAAUGGUAGGAAUCCAUGGAGCUGCGAUUUCUCUCACACCGCAACUCUCACUACUAUUAAUCCGAGUUACAAUGGUUGCAAUUAUCCUAGUGGUUAG